AUGUUGUAUCUGCAGAUCGAGGCCCAGAGAGCAAAGGCUAAGAGGCUACAGAAAGAGAAAGAGCUAAGAUAUCCAGAGAUAAGAAAUGUACCAGAAAAGAAGGGAAGAUCUAAGAGUGCUGGAUAUAGUGUGGAAAUAUGGGAUAGUAGAAUACCAGAAGAGAAGCCAGGCUCUUCCCUAUCCAGUUCUACAGUGCCAGACUCAGAAUGGGUAAAGCUAAGUCCUCAAGAGAAAUUAUCCUGGGCAAAAAGUACCCAAGACCCUCGUAUUGCCCUAGGUCAUCAGUCCCCACUAGAAAAAAAAAUUGUGAGUUUAGGUGGUCUACAUACUCCAGCAGCAAGAAAUCUGUUAGCUCAAAGACAUAAAGAAGAACAUGAGGUACUCUCUAAAGAAAAGGCUAUGUCUUUUGACUAUCGACUUGCUAAAGCAGAGAAUUACUACUACACAAGAAUAAUGGAAAUGAUGGAAGAACAGAAUGAAUUUAAGAAGCCCAGAAUAGAGCCAGAUGGUGUUCAGAAGACCCCAUCCAUGAGAAAGCAAAUAAGAGAGUGGGACCGGAGGCAGCAAAUGAAAGAACAUCUAGAACGUAUGAUUCGAGGUAGAGAAUUUAAUGAGGAAAGGAACAAGGAAAGACUUUCUGUAAGAAUCCCAAGUCAUCCUCCUCCAUUUCAAAAGCGUAUAAAGAAAAAGAACCAUAAAAGAUUCGGAUGGAACACAGCUUAUCCUCUUCUCCAACCUCAAGAUGCAAGUCCGAUUGAAGUGGAUGUCCUUGUAGAAGAAUCACCAGAAAAAAAAGAUGUGUUUGUCGAGGCUAGCACUGGGCCGGCGUCCCGCCUCCUGGUGCCUGUGGUCUUGCUUUCUUUAGUCCGAUUCCCGCAGUCCUGCGUGUCAUACAAGCUGGUGGUAUGA